UUUAUGCAUGUGUUUGUGCUUUGUUCACUCACGUGCAGUUUUGCUAAUGAAAAGAAAUCAGUGAGUGGUCUUUCUCUGAUCAUAAUCGAAUCUCUGAGUUCCAUCGAAUCUAAAAUGUGCGCAUGACAUUUUAUAAUUCAUCAUCAUCAUAGUUUUCAUGGAACUGACUGACUAUGAUUUUGUAAGAGUGGAACAAUUAAAGUUUUGUCUCCGCUUUGGAUAAUCGCACAUUAACAAUGGUCGAUAACAGAGAAUGAGAGUGCGGAAAUUUGUAGAGAACAAAGCCAUCACAAUCAGAAUGCCGAGAUCAGAAUGACCUCUGGAAGAAGAAGUUGAUGCAUAACAAUUUACUAAUUGGUAGUAAAAGUCUGAAUAAAUCAAUCCGGAUUGAUACGUAUUUUGAUGUGCUUCUCAUUACUAUGCUAAAGACCGGAUAUUUUUUUUCCUGCGUGUAUGUACGCAAAAGUCAGCAUUCCAACUUUCCAGCGUAUUAGCAAGGUAAUUAAAGUGCCUUUAAGUCCACACCCGUCCACAUAAGUAUACCAGGAAGUUAGUUAUAUUACCAAUUAGCUACAAUAUAUACCCUGUUAAAUCCGGUUUUUGUUCAACUUCCUUCUCACCAGACUGGACAAGUCCGGCAAAAAUGCUUGUUUAUACUACCUCGAGGCUAUUUUGCAGUGGGGUGACAAAUUUCUAGCUAAAUAAACAAUUAAUUGUACUACUAGCUUGACAUUAGAAUAUUUUCCUGCGUGGAUGAGAAUCUCGGCAGAUCUUUGCUUUAUUACUGCUGCCUGGGUAUCUUCUUUCCCGUCGGUUUGAGAAGUGGGAUGGUAACAUUUAGCGUGGAAGCCCUUUUGUUUGUGACGAUGUGAAAUGAAAGAAGCUCUGUUGUUCAAUUCUCCAGGCUCUUUGGGUAGGUCUCUCUGCCUCGUGAAAUUUGAUCAUAUCCACUGAUAACGCAAACUGGCACUUGAGACUCGUAAUUUAAAGGAGUCCCGUAGUUCACAUGUGGGAAUCCAACGCUAUGAAUCUUUUCGACUCCUCUCAUCAUCCAUCCAUAGUCCACUCUACCUCCCGCAUGCAGAAGUAAAUAUUUCAAAUCCGUCCUCUCCUCCUCAUUUCUUUCUUGCAAUACGAGAUUUUCCAAUCAAUUUGUGCUUAGUUUCAUUUAAAAUAUCCCAAAACUGAUCGGCCAUGUUCAAUCCUUAAAGAAUCAGAAUGAAUAGUAAUCGCUUGCUUUGUAUUUUCCGAGUCUUACUUUGCCUCUUGUGGCAAUGUCCUGGUUCACGGACGAUAUAUUCUGGGUCAUGGUGUCCAUACAAAGUCGAGAAAAUGGUGCCUUGUCGUGUGAGGAACGGUACAGAACCGUAUUAUGGUCCAAACAUUUGCUGGAAAAGCAUUAAUGGAUCGUUUGCCUGUACGAAGAAAAUUUUGCAUCGUCCCAAAUUUGUAACGACGUAUAAGAAGAUUGUGGAAACAAGGUACAAAUGUUGUCCAGGGUUGGAAGGAUCUGAUUGCGAGGAAGAAUGCUUCAACUGCACCACUUUUCACAUCAUUGCCAACCGGGUUUCUAAAAUAGAGAUGAAACUAAGCAUUUUGAUAGAAAAUGGUGAGAAUGAAAAGGAUAAGAAGAAUGAUCUGAUGGCGAGUCAAACAUUUUUGGAACAAGAUUUCCGUCAUCAUGAAAAUCUAAUAGGUGGUGACAAGUCGUUAACAUUUGUCGCUCUUAACACCAGAAUUUCAAGUUUAAUGAACGAAUUUAGAGAAAUGGAGAGACGGAUUGAAAUCUUGGAGAGAGAAGUGUACCGACUUUCAACAGCACUGGAAGAACGUGACCGUGACCGACUUCAACCUCGUCAUCACCACCAUCACAACAAUCACCAAUCCUCUCGAGAGGUCAUCAUGGAACCCACACCCCUCCGACAAGGUCAUUUAAUUAGCUCCACCACCACCACCACGGUCAAAUCUCUCGCUUCCUCCACUGUUAAAGACCACGUAAAAAUGGGACAACAUAAAAUCACUUUGCGACGUUUGGAGGACAAUUUGGAACGUGGCGAUAUAGCCUCCACUCUAAAUGACGACUAUGGAGAGGAACUCCUUUUUGAAAACUCUACAGAACAGUAUGUGGAUCCUCUUCAUAAGGAUCUUUAAUUUAAUCAUAUCUUUAUUUAUGAAAAUCAUAAAUCCGUGUAUUUGUAAUUGAAUGAGUUUCUCUACUUUUGUAUGUAGAAAAGAAAAUAA